GCCCGGAGCUUCUCCCUUCUCUCCAGACCGCCGCGCCAACCCUCCGAGGCUCACCAUCAUGGAUACUCUUUCAGAAGCAAACGGCACCUUUGCCUUAAGUCUGCUGAAAAAGCUGGGUGAAGAUAACUCGAAAAAUGUGUUUUUCUCGCCCAUGAGCAUCUCUUCUGCCCUGUCCAUGGUCUUCAUGGGCGCCAAGGGAAACACUGCAGCCCAGAUGGCCCAGACACUUUCUUUAAGUAAGAGCAGCGGAGGAGGUGAUGUCCACCAGGGGUUCCAGUCGCUUCUUACUGAAAUCAACAGGACUGAUGCACGGUACUUGCUUAGAACUGCCAACAGGCUCUUUGGAGAGAAGUCUUAUGAUUUCCUCUCAUCUUUCAAAGACUCCUGCCGUAAAUUCUACCAGGCAGAGAUGGAAGAGCUCGACUUUAUUAACGCUACAGAAGAGUCCAGGGAACACAUCAACACCUGGGUAGCCGAAAAGACGGAAGGUAAAAUUACACAGUUGUUAUCUCCAGGUUCAGUUGACCCAGUGACGAACCUGAUUCUCGUGAAUGCCAUCUAUUUCAAAGGAAACUGGGAUAGUCAGUUUAACAAAAGCCAGACCACAGAAAGACCGUUUAAAGUCAGCAAGAAUGAGGAGAAACCUGUGCAAAUGAUGUUUAAAAAAUCCACCUUUAAAAUAACCUAUAUUGGAGAAAUAUUCACCCAAAUUCUGGUGCUUCCCUAUGUGGGUAAAGAGCUGAAUAUGAUCAUCAUGCUUCCAGAUGAAAACAUCGAUUUGAAAACGGUGGAGAAAGAAAUCACUUAUGAGAAAUUCACAGAAUGGACGAGGCCAGACAUGCUGGAUGAAGAGGAGGUGGAAGUGUUCCUCCCUAGAUUCAAACUGGAGGAGAAUUACAACAUGGAGAACGUCCUUUGCACGCUGGGCAUGACCGAUGCCUUCGAGCAGGCCAAGGCAGACUUUUCUGGAAUGUCGUCCAGGAAAGACCUGUAUCUGUCCAGGGUGGUGCACAAGUCCUUUGUGGAGGUCAACGAGGAAGGCACGGAGGCCGCGGCUGCCACUGCGGCCAUCAUGAUGUUGCGAUGCGCAAGAAUCAUGCCCAGGUUCUGUGCCGACCACCCCUUCCUUUUCUUCAUCCAGCACAGCAAAACCAACAGUAUCCUGUUCUGUGGCCGAUUCUCCUCCCCAUAAGGAGAUGGUUGGCACUGUUCGUGGUCCUUCUCCU